AUGUCCGGCAGAUACCAGCCCUACCGCGCCGGCGGCUACGGCAAUCUCAGCCGCCCGGACGAUGAUUACGACUCCUAUGGGGAGGGUUACGUGAGCGCCAGCGAACGCUACCGUCAGCAGGCUUCCCGAGCCGCUACCUCCUCGUCGUCGUCGCUUCGACCCGUCGCUCCAGCAGCAGCUCCUCCGCCGCGCUCAGCCCAGCGUCCUGGCACUAGCAGCUCCCACCAAGAGUCAAAUGCCGAGCGCGAGAUGGCCAAGGUGCUCGAGCUGAUCAAGCAGGAGUGGCCGGCCAUGCUGGAGAACGACUGCAUCCCCGUCCAGCUGGCCCUGCAGUUGCUUGAUACUAGUUCGGUCGGCCGUGCCCAUGAGUACCGCAAUUUCCAGCGCGCACAUCAGUACCUGCAAGACUCGCUCAAGAAGAUCGUCCAUGAGUACCACCAGGGCUUCAACAGCUCUAUCGGCACAUUCCAUAAGAUCCAGGGCAGCAUUCAGACAUCUCAAAAAAAGGUUCGGGCCUUGAAGGAAUCUUUGGCCGCCUCCAAGGCUGCUCUCUGCGCUACUGAUCCAGAGUUAAAGAAGCUCCAUGCUACUUCGCGCAUGUACGAGGAAGUGCUGCGUACCCUGGAUGAGCUAGACGAGUUGCGUACCGUCCCGGAUCAACUCGAGGCAAGAAUCUCGGAGAAGCGCUUCCUCACAGCAGUAGGCGUCCUGCAGAAUGCCCUGCGUAGACUUACUCGACCUGAGCUGGAGGAUAUCGGUGCUCUGAGCGACCUGCGGAGCUACCUGGCCAACCAGGAGACCGCGCUCAUGGACAUAUUGGUCGAAGAGCUGCACGAACACCUCUACCUCAAGUCUCCCUACUGCCAAGAGAGAUGGCAGAAUCUUGCCAAGUGCCAGGGCGCGCUGAGCGAAGCUUUCAAGGACGCCCCGGCCAUGCCACCCUUCCAUGCGGUCUUGGACUCGAUGGACUGGGACCGACCGGUGACGGAAGACCCGCACAAGAAUCCCGAAGCAGACACCUUCUACUAUAUCACUCUCCUAGUGGAGUCCCUCAACAAGCUAGGCAAGCUUGAGACAGCUGUCGAUACCAUCAAGCAGAGGUUGCCGGUCGAGCUCUUCUCGGUCGUUAACGAGACCAUCGACGACAUCGACCAAAAGCACCCCAGCUCACUACGAGGCAGCUCGGGCUCCCACGGCCUACACAUCUAUGGCCAGCGUGAGACCCGCAUGCGGGCCGACGUUAUAUACGACCUGCUUUGGACAUUGUAUGGCAAGUUUGAGGCCAUCGCCGAGUGCCAUCGCGUCUUCCACGAGGCCAUCAAGGCCCUGAUUCGUCGUGAAGGCGCGGGUAACAAUAUUGCCCUGCUGGGCAGCUUCAAGGAGCUCUGGAACCUGUACCAGAACGAGAUCCGCUCGCUGCUGCACAACUAUGUCACUACCGACGCCGAUGUCUAUCAUUUCAGGUCCUCAACCCGGCCCGGCCUGGGCCUAGGGUUGAAUGGGAAGUCAGACUCAGCACGAGAUCAUCUCUUCCGCUUUGCUGAGGCUGACUCCAAGUCGCCGGAAAUGGUCGCCGAGUAUGAGGCGCUGGACAACAUCAUCCGGAAUGCCGUGCCCGGUCUGACCUCCAAUGCCCGGAAGAACAAUGGCGACGGCCGCAAGACAGUCCUUGUGGUGCCGCGAUCCGAUCUCGCCGGCUCGAGGAAGGGGUUUGCUGGGUAUGGCAGCCAACAGGGCAGUGGGACGUACAAGUCGCUGGUUGAGCCGAGCGUGUUCAACAUGAGUCUGCUGCUACCGCCUACGCUGGUGUUCCUGCAGCGUCUGAAGAGCAUCGUUCCUCCGGGCUCUGAUCUGGCUACGAGCACGCUUACCUCUUUUCUGGACAAUUUCCUCGUUAAUGUCUUCCAGCCGCAGCUGGACGAGACCCUCGGCAAGCUGAGCGAUACCGUCUUUGGCGAAACCGAUGCCUUCCUUCAGGACCCCGACUGGGCUCGUGUGGCCAAGCGUCCUGUUUUCAAGGGGGCUACUGCUUUCUUCACCAUCGUCACAGCCUUCUGCCGGAUGCUGGGUACCAUCCCACACGAUCAGGCACUGAGCUCGCUCAUCAUCACGCAGAUGAUGCGGUACUAUGACCGCUGCUUCAGCUGGUACAAGGCGCUUGUCACCAAGAGCCAGGCUGAGCAAGACGGUUCAGCCUCAAACAGCCCACAGGCACUCCGUGCGUCGGCACGCAUCGCCCUCGAGCAAUGCGACAUGCACGAUAUGGUGCAGGAGCUGUGGGAUCAGGAAAAGACGGGCGAUCCGGAGCUCCUGGAGAAGGAGACUGAGAUGCUGAUCUCCAUGGCCAAGGAAAAGCCGCUUCAGAACAGUGACAUCAUCCAGGACCGCGACACAAUUUCGUCGCUGUGCCUACUGUAUACCAGCAUGAAGUGGCUGUCGGUCAAGAUCCAGGGGCUGCGGUUCAUCACGGGGAAUGACACCGAUUCUUCAAGAGCGCCGACUCCGGGGCCGGUGAAGCGCCGCUGGACGUUGCUCAAUGAUCCGAAUAAGGCUACCUCGGAGGGCGGCCCGGUCUAUUUGCCUAUGACGCUGGAGACUGUCCAGUCCUUCGACGGCAUCCUAGCCUCCCUUACCACCCUCGCCACGACCGCGCUACACACCCUCCACCUCGAGCUGCGCUUCCGCAUCCUGCACUCUCUCUCCUCCAUUCUCACUCCCAACCCCCCAACCUCUUCUCCCACUCCAACUACCCCCUCUCCCUCUUCCACAUCCUCCCAAAACCCAACCCCUUAUCUCCUCCGCCCCCCCGUAACCAUCACCGACCCAGAUCCGCAAAUCCUCUCCCUCAACGCAGAUCUCAUCGCAUUCGACGAGACAUUCUCCCGCCUCUUACGCGGAUGCGACAGAGAAGUCUCCUUCCUACGAGACGGUUUAGCCCUGUUAGUCGGUGAAUACUUGAUCGCGAAUGCCCCUCGCGUGGCGCCAAUGAACCUAAUGGGCUGCGAGCGCAUGCUAUUGAACGUUCGCGUGCUGCAACAGAACCUGCGGAAUGUGGAGGGAGAAAAGGCAGAUUUAGGACGGGUGAAUGGGUAUUUUGAAUUGUUUUGUCGCGGGCCGGAGGGGAUACUGGAGAGGGCUAGAGGGGAUGGCGAGUUACAGCAGCAACAGCAGAGUGAAGGGGAUGGGGAGGGACAGAGGAAGAGGGGCAGGAAGGAGAUUGUGCCGGGACGGUGGAAGUAUUCGUAUGAUGAGCUCAAGGCGCUCAUGGAGUUAUGCUUUAGUGAGCAGUUGGCGGAUCCGGAGAAGGGGGUUGCUGCGGCGGCGAGGAGGCAGAUGGCGGAUCGGUUAUUGGGGUUGAGUGAGUAUAUGUGGCAGAGUUAG